AUAAUAUAAUUAAUGGCUAAACAACAAAAACAACAAUUUUUGAUAACAAUAGCACUGGUAGCUAUUUUAUGUAUGUGCCAACAAUCAUGGUGUCAGGAACAACAUGUUGAACCGCAUCAUGGAACCGGUAGUCAUGUCAAACGUCAUCCACACAAAGUACACUAUACUGUCUGUCCAGAUGAGGCCAUAUUGAAGCCAUGUUUGUGUCGCCGAAGCAUUAUUACCUGUGACGAGGAAAUGGACUUCAAACUGGCUGCCAUUGUCGACGCCAUCAGCGCAAUGGCCAACAAUGACAGUACUGUUUCGGUCAAACUUUUUGCACGUCUAGACAUUGCGUUUUCCACUGAAACCGAUUUACCUGACAAUGCCUUCAAAGAGAUUGUUGCCGACGGUAUCUGGAUUAUGGCCGCACCUAAUCUGAAAACGAUAGCUCCGAAUGCCUUCCAGGGUACCGACAACCUAACCCGAUCGCUUGAUUUGCGUAACUGUCCACAGUUGGACACUGCCGGUUUGUUUGACAUAAUCAAUAAGUUUGUCCAAUUGAAUCGGCUGUCGCUGAUGAACAUCAAUCUGGAAACAAUACCCGGACAGGCAUUCAAAUCGCUGGACCGAUUGAUUGGUCUACAUAUAGCCGACGCUAAAUUGAAAUCGAUUGGCGAUAAAGCGUUUGUCGGACUACCGGCACUCAGACAACUGAAUCUGAUGGACACACAACUGUCCCUAAUUGGCAAAGAUAUGUUGGCAUUCAGUUUGAAUUACGAUCAGAAAAUGAAUGUCCUGUUGAAAAAUAAUCCACUAUUGAAUGGCAGUACAUUUGAUCCGGAAGCACUGGUUCAAUUGGGUAGGCCUACCUUACUGGCCCUGAUUGCUGUCGAUCAUAAUCCAAGACAAUUCAAAGUACUGGCCGAACAAGUAUUCAAACCGUUUCUGAUGUCAAACGCUGGCAAUCAGUUAAUUAUGUCAUCCAAUGGCUACCUGUGCCCGGAUAAGCGCAACGAAUGGCUAGUUAAGGAUCGUAAGCUAAAUAGACGACUGUUUUACGAUCAGCCAUACAAACAUACAGUUCAAUGCUAAUCUGUUAUUUGAUUAAUAAGCCUAAAAAAUAAUUAAUUAAUUAAUUCUGAUAAACAUAAUAAAUAUAAAUAAAAAAAAUACAACGAUUUAAUUAUUAUUAAUUUUUGUUAAUAAAAUAAAAUUAAACAUUUA